CACCGCGAGGAGUGUUUACAUGGUAGGGACAAUCUAUCUAGAAAUGGAAAGAUUAACUGAAUCAAGGAAAUAUUUAGUGGAGGCUCUGGAAUUAGAGGAGCGACUUUGGCGUUCGGGUAAACCGCACAGUUAUGACUGGGGACAUCUGAAAACGCGAUUAGAGGAGGUAGCUCUACUGUUAGAUCUACCAGAUACAGUGAUAUAUAGUUACAAAAGACGAUUUGAAGCAGCAGAGGACAAGAAGAACUUUGGGAAACCUGCUCCGAGGAAAGAUUUUCGCGAUAAGAAUGAAUCGUCGUCGGAGUCCUCGGAUGAUGACGAUAUUCCAUCGGUGGACAUCAGCGAGCUGGUACACAGUAAUGACGAUCUGACAUCACUAUUGUGCAGCAAACACUGGGAUGUCACAGAAACAGGGGUAUUCGACCCAACACAAUACAUUAUGAUUGGUUCUUAUUGCUGGCUUGUUGUAAUAGCUAUAGGAGUAGCGAUGUACUACAUGUUAUACAGUGGGUCACAGUAAGGCAACGUAUACGG